AGGAGCACGACAGCGCAAAGGGUCACAAGAACCCCCCGAAUCGCGAUACCAACGGAUUUUUGAAUCUUUCAAUGAAAAUUAAAUUUUCAAAAAAUUGUUUCAACUCCAACCGGUGAAAUUGUUUUUCUCUGUUAAAUACCCCCGAUAAAAAAAUUGUUUCUAAUUUAUGAGAUCAGUUCCAGCGAUAACUCCAACAAAAAUACUGAACGCAAAAUAAAUUUUACAAAAUGAAAUAAUUAAAACGAUGAACAAUGAUUUUUCCCUUCAAAUUGUGAUUGAAUUUCUGAAAAUAAUUUCAUUCUCAAUCUCAAUUUAUUGACCUUGACCCGAAACUGAUAUAAAAUAGUGCAGAUUUGUAAUUUAGUUGAUUGAUGACUGAUAAACAUUUUCAAGAAUAAAAAAAUAAAUAAAUAAAUAAAUAAAUAAAAUAGUUGAAGACUUGCGAAUUGUCAAAGUGUCAUUAAACGUCAAUUAAUUCCCAGUGACGUGAUAUGGGUUCAGGUAUUUACCGCCUAAUUGAGGUGUGACGUUAUAAGUUGAAUGAUAGACUCCGAUGAACAGAUAAGAGUCCACUCACCGGGUCAAUUACACUCCCAAAAUAAAUUUUAAAAAAUAUGGGGAUGGAAACGUGAGACCAAUGGCCGAGGUGCUUCAUUAACUCUUUUGCAUUAAAUAAAAGCGAAGAACAUUGAAUGAGUGAAUUGGUCGGUCCCAGUAGAGAAGAAUAAAGACGGGAAUAAAUAUGAGUCCAACGCUUCUGGAGUACUUUAUCGUGGGUAUUUUGUGCCUGGUGGAUCGGACCGCAGGUGGUAGUUGCAGAGCAGCAAAACUCUGCUGUCAGGGACGUGACUCUGGUUGUGUUAUUCAGAAAGCAUCACCCAAUGCAAUUAUCGAGAGCCCGAGGGAUAAGCCCUGCUACUGCGAUCAUGCAUGCCUCAAGCUUAAUGACUGCUGUGACGAUUUUCGCGAUACAUGCAGUGUUGCAGAUUGCGCUGUGAGUGAGUGGGGGAGUUGGUCUUCCUGUGACAAUGAGUGCGGAGUUGGGAUUCAGACAAGAAAUAGAGUUAUCACGAAGACUGAGCUGAAUGGAGGGAAACAUUGUCCACAGUUGGAGCAAUUGAGAACGUGUAGGGGAUUCGUUGGAUGUCGUGAGCAUUUGGAAGCAUCGCACAAAGAGAUAGUCCUCCUGGCGCCCCUCCCCGAAACAAACUCCACCAGUGGCGAAGUUAAUUCAGUACAAAGCAAUUGCCAAAUAUUCACAGUCCUCUGGGCGUCGCGCAUCUGCACGAGAGACUUCCCCACCUUGACGUUAGGUUCACAAAUAUGUGCCCUGUGCCGAGACGAUAGUGGAAACUGUCACAGUGGUGAGGUCGUGGAGCCCACGGGAGUGGGCAGGUGGAAAAUAAUGACGUCCACAUCGACACGAUGUCAUGGGAAAUGGAUCGCAAGUACCAACGUCAGAAGCUACUGUGACACCAGUGGCUGUGAGGACAUGUUAUCUCUGGCAUUCAUCUAAAAUUAAAAUAUGCCGAGGGUAUCUGGGGAUUUUAUGAGAGGAGAUGUAAUCCCACUAGACGAGAAUGGAAAAAAAAUCCAACACGCCUAAUAAAAUAAAUGAAACGAUAUUUUUUCCGAGGGUUGAAAAAAUUUCAGUUUCCUGUAAAUAAUUUGAUGGGAUAUUGAGUGAUGAGUCGCACCAGUUCGAGGAAAAAUCCCGGAUAUUUUUAUUAUCGUCAGAGAUGUAGCAAUAUUAUAGAUCGAGUUAAUCUCGAUAAUGUACAGUAUUGUAAUGGCUUGCUAAAGGGGGACAUAUCAAUAAGAUAUUUGAUUUUACGACGAAAUGUAUGUGAAUGUAAUCAUUAAUAUCGAAUUGAUCACUUAAUAAAUAGAGUAAGUUGA